AUGCCGCAUGGGAAAUUGCCAAACCCCGCAAAGCUUGGCGGGGCCCUCAGUGUGGGGAAAAAAGGCAAACGGGACCGCGGGGCGAGGUUGGGGGUUAUUUGGGGAUUGAUGUCUUAUGUCAGCAAGAUCGAUCGUCGGAGUUUGGAAUGUAAGAAGGGGGGGGUGUGCAGGGUCCAUCUUGCCUACUUACCCACCGCCAUGUCUUCCUUCUUCCCGUCGUACAACGUCGCACAGAUGGACUUUGCCGACGACGACCUCGUUGGCCUCGUGUCGAAUGAACGCUCCACAAACGACAAACACGCCCAUACAAACUCGUCUCGGACUCACAACAUCUUCGACAUCAGCGCUCCCCCCUACACAGCCCCGCCCUACCAUUUUUCUCCCCACUUCAAUUCUACCAUUCCCCCGCUUGGUACGCAGUAUGGGAAUGAGCAUACCGACUCGCGAUCCCGUUCUCGCAGCCGUCCGCCAAGUGUCGGCCCGACUCGUUCAGCCACUACCCGCGGCCGCCGCACCAACUCCAUCUCCAGUACUUCCCCGCCGCCUCAAUCCCGCCCCAAUCCUGCCCAUAUCAUUAUCCCUACACGAACUGGCCCGUCUCCAUCCCCCUCUUCAGCACUUUCAACAGGCUGGUACAUCCCCCCGACCCCAGACUCACUCGGCAACCCUCAUUCCCUUCCCUACCCCCACUAUGACGACCACCAGCAGCAGCACCAGGGAAUGGUCUCUGCCAGCUUUCCAAACUUUCCCCCUGCAUCAGCCUUCACGCCUCCGCCCACAUCCAAUGCCACGGUGCAGGACAAGCAGGCCAUGCUCGCCAACGAAAAGAGGCGCCGGCGGCGGGAAAGCCACAACGCUGUGGAGAGGAGGAGGAGAGAUAACAUCAACGAGAAGAUCACUGAGCUCGCUACUCUCAUUCCGGAGUGUCUGCUCGAAGGUGCUGGAACGAACGGGAACGGCACCAGCGCUGCGAGUCCCCCCGCCCCAGACGAUCUGUGGGGCAGUCUGCUCAAGGAGGACGAGAGCCCACCCCCAGUUGGCGUCGCCGAUGUCGUCGCCAACGGAGCUACCGGGAAUGGUGCCGUUAUCAAAGCGAACAAGGGCAUGAUUCUUAGCAAGAGCGUCGAGUAUAUUCGGUUCUUGCAGCAGCUGGUAACGACGCAGGGCGCGAGGAACAGAGAAUUGGAGAAUGAGCUGCGCGGGCUGAGGGGCGAGCCACCUGCCCCUGCGUAUGCUUUCCCAACGAACGGCAGCCCCUUGGGUGACGUGGAUGAGGAGGAGGAGCAUGAAGACGAGCCCGUUGUUAAGAAGGAGGAGGAGACCGAACGUGGACGCAGGCGCGUCAGACAGGGCGUCGGCGAAGGGAUGGAUGUUGAUGCUGAUCUGGGGAAGGGGGGGGGGGGGGGGGGGGGGGGGGGGGGGGGGGGGCCAUUUGAUAUUGGGGUGUUUCAUGUUGGCCCUGCUAGCUGGAGUUCGACUGUCGACGAGGGCUGGGUAGGGGUAGGGGUGGGGGGGCGAUCUCGUAUGGUCCCCUCUCGCGCGGCCUCGAUUGAGGGUCUGGGUGACUCGGAUGAAGAAGAAGAACCAUUCUUGGUCUCUUUCUUUGCUAGAUGGACAGGGGGGACAAAAGGUAUGGCUCGUGCUGGAGGGCCAACGAAUGGACGCACUCAGCGCGUGAAACUUGGGGGACCGGACCAGAUCCGCGAAAUGGACGCUAUAAACACGAUUAGUGCCGAAAUGAAUGAAGAAAAGGGAACUCUCUCUGAGGUAAAAUCGAGAAGGGGCAUCAGUAUGGAGAAGCAGCACAGCAGCAUUCCCUUCGAGGGAUGCGCUAUUGACUGUACCCGUCCACCGCAUAACAACGAGGUGGUGAUAGGUGGGCCCGUUGGCAUCAUGCUGGACUGGAAGUAUCAAGGAACUAGGACUUGCCGGAGAGGGAUAGACGUGAACAUGCCCCCUUUCGGAGUCUUUAGCCAUCCAAUUGGCUGGCUGGAGGAUGCUACUGAUAGGGUUUUUCAGAGCCAGAGCGAAAUAUAG